AUGCAUUUCUUGACUAUAUAUCCCGACUGCAGCAGCGGAAUUGUCAGAGGGUGCCGGACACAGAAGAAGAGCCCUCUUGGACUUGACGAUCUAGGAAUUCAGGAUUUGGGGCAAAUUGUCAGCCUUUGCCCUCACCUGCGACUUUCUCCCCAGACGCGGGCUUCGAUGCUGACCAUGGAGCCUCUGAACAGCACGCACCCGGGCACCGCCGCCUCCAGCAGCCCCCUGGAGUCCCACAGGCCCGGCGGCGGCGGCCACGGCAACGAGUACUUCUACAUCCUGGUGGUCAUGUCCUUCUACGGCGUUUUCCUGAUUGGAAUCAUGCUGGGCUACAUGAAGUCCAAGAGGCGGGAGAAGAAGUCCAGCCUCCUGCUGCUGUACAAGGACGAGGAGCGGCUGUGGGGGGAGGCCAUGAAGCCGCUGCCCACGGGGUCGGGCCUGAGGUCCGUGCAGGUGCCCAUGAUGCUGAACAUGCUGCAGGAGAGCGUGGCGCCCGCGCUGUCCUGCACCCUCUGCUCCAUGGAGGGGGACAGCGUGAGCUCCGAGUCCUCCUCCCCGGACGUGCACCUCACCAUCCAGGAGGAGGGGGCGGACGACGAGCUGGGGGAGACUUCCGAGACGCCCCUCAACGAGAGCAGCGAGGGGUCCUCGGAGAACAUCCACCAGAAUUCCUAGCACCCCCGGGGCUCCCGGAGGCGGCUCCGUCAGCCGGCACCCUUAGAGAGAGGAAAGACGUUUGCCAAGCGUCUGCUUUCACUUUGGCAGGGCGGCUGCCACUUUGAAGAGACCCUCGGCGAGGCCCCGAGUGGGGUGGGGU